AUUCAAGUAUGGAGUGUAUUUUGAACCGAGACUAGGGUUUGUCUCUCUAGCUCUCUGGUUCCCCUCUCAUCUGUCUUUCGAACCAGGGCGACCUUUUCAAUUUUGACUUUUUCAAUAUCCGUGGCUUCAAUCGUUUGAAGAUGAAAUCCUUGUUUCUCAGGUCAGGGCUUUUUGGAUUUUAGGUUUUGCUCUCUUUCGAGCUUCCUUUUCAGUUUUGACUUUUUCAUUAUCCAUGGAUUCCAUCGGAAGGUUAAAUCCUUGUUUCUUUGGAUUUUAGGGUUUUGAUCUGUCUUUCUAAAAUUAACUGCUUUCCAUUCGAUAGUUUUUGAAAUCUCUCUAUAAACUCGCUGCUUUCCAUUGGAUAGUUUUUGAAAUCUCUCUCUAAAACUCGCUGCUUUCUAUUCGAUAGUUUUUGAAAUCUCUUUCUCUAAAACUCGCUGCUUUCCAUUCGAUAGUUUUUGAAAUCCCUCUCUAAAACUCUUUAGUUUGAAGAUGCCUACCUUUACCACCAUAGCUUUAGAUAGUCUCUUAGAACCUUCUAUCCGAUCCUCUACUCUGAAAACCUUACCCCCAAAACAAGAAAAGAACAGCACCACUGUUCCAACAGCACAAGGCCAGAAAUUCCCCGUCUUUUGUGUAUCCCCUGCUCUCUACACAACCCCUGAAUCCACCCGAAUACCUGAUUCCCCUUCCCUGUAUUCGACCUCACCUUCUCCUUAUGUUGUUAAAUACAAGCGGCGAGGGCGACGCUUCGCUGAAACUGAAGAAUCAGAAAUCGAGAUUGAAUCGGAAAAUGUUUCAAAUGCUAACUCAACCAAUUGUGAGGAAAAACCUGAUGGCUCCUGUGGUUUGACUGAGAUGGGGGAGGUUGAAAGAGGGGAUGGAGCUGUGAAUGUGGAGAUUGAUAAGGUUGGAUCACCUAGAAAUUUGGCUAUUGGGUCAGAAAGGGUGUCGGAAUUUGAGGAAUUUUAUGAUCCUAAGGACGCCGUUAGUGUUGCAAGUUUUAGUGAUGGAGAGGAGAACUCUGGUUUGCUACGGGGGAUAUUGAAGCAUGAGCCACUUUCUUGCCAGAACGAGUUCUUCGAUGCAUUAGAAGAUCUCUCCAGUGAUGGCUCAGUGGUACAAUCACUACAUUCCUCCAACUUGGACCUCGCGGAUGAAUUACGCUCUGUGAGGUUGAACCUAUUCAUGGAGACUGAAAGGUGUAAGAAAGCCGAGGAAAUCCUUAGUCAAAUGCGUAGCAACUGGCAGAGGGUUGGCAAACAGUUAUCUCAGAUUGGUUUAUCCCUCCCUCAUUUGGAUGGGUCUGAAAUGGAUUUGGUGGAUGAUUUCUGCCAAAACAUAGUGGUUUCAAGGUUUGUUUCUGAAGCUAUUGGCAGGGCUGAGGGCCUAGCUGAAGCAGAGGCUGCUGCCAAGGAAAUUAUCGAAUCCAAGAAUCGUGAGAUAGCGAGGCUGAAGGAUAAGGUCCAGUACUACGAGACAGUCAACCAAGAGAUGUCUCAGAGGAAUCAGGAAGCUGUUGAGAUGUCGCGGAGACUCAGGCAGAGAAGGAGAAAGACGCGGAGAUUCAUUUGGGGGUGUAUCAGCUUGUCAUUGACAGUUGGGGUUCCAUUUCUUGCCUACCGCUACUACCAAUCCUCCAAGGCUCCAUCACUCAUUCCAUCUAGUGUUACCCAUGAUGAAUGUGAGUCGGGAGCGAAGGGUGGAUUGAAGUAAAACUUAGACUCGCUGUCUUUGUUGCUUCUUGUAUCUCUUUUAUUUUCUUUGUUUUGGAGCUGCCAUGGAUGAUAUUAGAAAAAAAAAAAGGAGGAAACAGUUUAAGAAGCCUUGAGUGGUGGCUCUCGUUAGACGAUUGGGUCGAUCCAAUCGUAGAUUGAAAAGUGAUUUUGAGUAUUAUAGGCAAAGCGGGACGUUUCCUGGUUCUUUUUGUUGUGAUUUACUGUGUUUUGUAAGGUCUGGGUUUUAUGAAAACAAAGUAAAGCCUCACCUUGAUUUCUUAUCUGAAACGGACUUUGAGCAU